CACAUUUGGAUUUUUUGUCCACACUAAGACCCUUCCUUUGAUGUGUUGGAAGGAAAGUGUUUGAUCCACGCUUCACUUUUCACUUUGCUUCAUUUUCAAUUUCACCCCAUUGUUAAAUUCGGCCAUCAUCCCUUUUUAAUAACCCCCCAUCCUUCUCUCUUUACGUUUCUUUCUCACAAUCGACUUUUAUCCUCUUUACGACUUUCUCUCUCAUCUUCCGACAAUUACAAUCUUGUUCAUUCACUCUUAACGCCAUUGCGAUUCGUGACGAGUGACGAGUGACGCGUGACGAUCUUUCAUAGUAGUAGUACGAACAGACUACUAUUGUAAACUCGCCGAUUGAUUCGGUAUCUCUCGUCUCCUUUCACUAUUUACGUUAAAACCUUCGAAAACAAAGAGAUAAAAAACUUAAGAUUUGAUAUCUUUUCUCUACUGUUAUCAACACUCGACAUUUCGCAAGACACGCUCGACAUUCACGAAACGACCAAACGAUGUUAUCAUCAACCAUUCUAACUUUAGUCACUCUUUCACUCGUCGCGGCCGGUCCGCACGCUUUUCAUAAUCAUGGUAGUUCAGUUAGGACUGUUCAUCAUCGACGACAUCACGCUAGAAACGCUCAUGGUUUAACGACAAUAGACAAGAGAGCUUCUUGCGAUACGAGAGAUAUCUCUGAUAGUUGUACCUAUGGUGCUUGGCAAUGUCAAGGAACUGAACUACAACGAUGUUAUAAUGACAAAUGGAACACUGUUCAAGAUUGUACCGGUGCUGAUGUCAUGUGCUCUGCCGACGAAUCUGCCAUUGGUUGUAUCUGGACUUGGUCAUUAUCCGACUCCAACUCGACCUCCGGAACGACCGAACCACCUGACAAUUCUUCCAACCCAUCGAUCUCUUCUUCCGUUUCAUCAGCAUUACCUUCCAUCACCUCCAACCCGAAUAAAGAAUUCUUUCCAACCAACUCGACCAACAAUGACACGGUGAUCGUACCCUCUGACGACGGUUCGAACCAUACCUCAUCGUCCGUCUCUAGCCGUGCACCUCAUGGAAAAGGACUCCAUUCCACUUCUGCCUCCAGUUCAGUUUGCACUCCCACCCAUACGUCUGCUGCACCUUCAUCGACUAGUGGUCAACCUACCAAACCCUCCAACUCUACGAACAAUGGCGGUGGCAAUGUCAAUUUCGAUGGACCCCGUUUUGUCGUUUACGCCGAUAAUUGGUUGAACACCAUGCCUGAUGUUAGCGCUUUGAAUGGAUACAACACUUUUGUUCUUGCUUUUUGGUUGUCUGACCGCGGUGCUUCGGAUGAUGCCGAAGCGUGGGAACAAUUCGAGGAGGAUUAUCGUGAGAAAAUCCUGGCAGAAUAUCAUGCCAAUGGUAUCGCUUUGAUGGUUUCUGCUUUUGGGUCCACCGAUACACCCACCACGUCUGGUCAUGAUCCGAAAACUAUCGCACAGGAUUUAGCCGCAUGGGUCAAAAAGUAUAAACUUGAUGGUGUGGAUAUUGAUUACGAGGACUUUGACGCAUUCAAUGCUGGUAAAUCAGAAGCAUGGCUCAUUGAAUUACAAACCGAACUACGAGCUCUUCUUCCACAAGGUCAAUACAUCAUCUCUCACGCCCCCGUAGCACCUUGGUUCACAGACGGUAACGUUUACAAAAACGGUGGAUACACCAAGGUCAAUGCGGAAGUUGGAAAUUCGAUCGAUUGGUACAAUAUUCAAUUCUAUAACCAAGGAGCAAAUAUGUACACUACAUGUGACGGUUUGAUUAACAAGUCGGGUAGUGCAUGGCCACAUACAUCCGUGUUUGAAUUGAACAAGUAUGCGAAUGUAGCUCUGAACAAGAUUCUCAUUGGAAAACCUAUGACUAAGGAUGCUGCUGCGAAUGGAUAUCUCUCAUCAGACGAAUUGGAAGAUUGCGUAAAACAAGCUCGGAAUCAAGGUUGGGAAGGCGGAGUCAUGUUUUGGGAAUGGCCAAAUAAUAUGGAAAUCCAGUCCAUCGCUUGGUAAUCCUUCUCAUAUCGUGUCAUGCCCUUACGACCUCUCAUGUCUUUUGUCUUCAUAUCAUCAAUCAUAUUCAUAUUUCUCACCUUGGAGGUGAUUUCCAAAACCCAAUUCUCUCUUUAUCAGGUUCUUAGGUGCAUAGUCGACUUUUAUCCGUAUCUUGUCUUUUGCGGCUGGUCUGCUUCUUCUUCGUAGUCUGAUUCAAAUCGAUCAGUGGUCGAUUUGGUUAGGAAAGGAUCUUGAUGAUCCGUGGUGUUUUUUUUCUGGAUCUCACUGGUGAGAUUCAUUUUUUGGGAUGAAAUUGGGAUAAUGGAAGGAUUGAAGGGGAUGUAGUCGCUUAUCCUUUGUUUUGCAUGCAUGGUCUUGUAGACCUGUGGAAUUGUU